CAGCAGCAGCAGCAGCAGCGCAAGCAGCAGCAGCAGCAGCAGCAGCAGCAGCAGCAGUAGUAGCACCAACAUCCGAGCCGUAACACUCGCCGCCGACCUUUCAGUUCCGAUUGCGAGACGGACUCGUAAGACCCAUCGGUUCGCUCGGCAAGUGCAAACUGCAAAUCGGGUGCGCUCAAAGGCUCUCGGGCCGCAAUCCAACACUCGUUCGAGUUCGUGCCACAAACGAAUUGCAUCCCGGCAGCAACAUCGCGGCAGCAGGCAACUCUGGAGCUGGUCAGGUGCCCCCGAAUGUGUCACUCUGCAUUCUGACCACUAACGCGCCGGCUGUGCAUCCGUUGUGAACCGAAACGAUCCGUUGUGACUCGCUUCGAUUCGAUACGAUACGAUUCGAUUCGAUCCGUUACGUCGUUCCCUUACGUUGCGUGGCCAAUAAAGUGGCUAAAACCGUGCUUGACUCCGGAAAUCAUCAUUUGUCGGCUAACAAAGUUGAGAUUAACUGUCUACUACUACUACUACUACUACUGUAAAUCAGCAGAAACUGAUCGUGUGGCCAAGAUCUCGCCAAACCCAGUUACUCAAACACAAAGAUCGUUGGUACAAUGUUGGCGCCAUCAUUGGUUCAAGUUAUUUGUUUUUUUGAGUGUGCCUCUGUCGGGCAAUAAAAGAUCGAAUGUUUGAAAACAGUGAAGAGAUCUAAGAGAGAAAUACAAAUAUUGAGCUAUUAAGUGCACGCUGUACACGUUGAAUACAUUUUGGACAUCAUCGGUGUAGCAAGUGCACUUGGUGCAUUCACCAGCCUAGCAGGACAUCCUGAAUUUUGAUUGUUUUUCGAGGCAGGUGCGAUUAAACGACGACAAAAUUGUGCGGUUAAAAAAAGUGCAGGCUCACGCUCAAGGGCAACUGGAGCAGUUCGAGCAGCAGGAACAGCAACAGCAGCAGCAGCAGCAGCAGCAGCAGCAUCUGCAUCUGCAUCUGCAGCAGCAACAGUUGCAACAGCAGCAGCAGCAACAACAACACUAUCACCACUACAGCGCCAAUAGCAACAACUACAAAAUGCAUUUGACUACCACAUCGAGCAAUUCAACGGCAUCUAAUGCCAACAACAACAACAAUAAUAAUACCGCAAACAACAACAACACAAGCAGCAACAACAACACGACCAAUACGAACGGCAGCAGCAACAACAACAACACGAGCGGCAACAACAACAACAACAACAGCAGCGGCAACAACAACAGCAACACGGAGCAAAACACACCGCCCACGCCCGCCCAACUCCUGAAUGAGGCCUACACGAAGAUGACCUCCGACAUCCUGGCGGAGCGGACGCUGGGCGACUUCCUCACCGAGCAUCCGGGCGAGCUGAUCCGCACGAGCAGUCCGCUCUUCGUAUGCACGGUGCUGCCGCCCCACUGGCGGAGCAACAAGACGCUGCCGGUGGCCUUCAAGGUCGUCUCGCUGGGCGACAUCAUGGACGGCACGAUGGUCACCGUGCGGGCGGGCAACGAUGAGAACUACUGUGCGGAGCUGCGCAACUGCACGGCGGUGAUGAAGAACCAGGUGGCCAAGUUCAACGAUCUCAGGUUCGUCGGGCGGAGCGGCAGAGGGAAAAGCUUCACGCUAACCAUCACCGUGUCAACGAAUCCACCGCACAUAGCCACCUACAACAAGGCGAUCAAAGUGACUGUCGAUGGGCCGCGCGAACCCCGUUCCAAGACAAUGUUAUCCCUUUUAGGACAGCAACAGCAGUUCCACUUCGCCUUCGGCCAACGACCGUUCCACUUCUCCACGGAUCCACUUUCCGGCUUCCGGAUGCCGCCCAUUGGCAAUUGUCAGAGCGCAAGCAACACGCACUGGGGCUAUGGGUCAGCUGCCUCUGCAUAUUCUCCCUAUUUGGCCAGCAGCGGAUUAUCGUCCUGCACCACGCCCACUUCCGCCCAGUUCAACAAUCCGGCGCUGGGCUUCACCUGCUCCUCCAACGAUCAGAGCAACAACCAGGACUUCGGAGGAGCCACCAAUCGCGACUGCGUGCCGAUGCUGCCCGACUCGACGGCCAGCGAUCUGGACCAACACUUGAGCAGCCUGGUGGGCUCCACCAGUGGCCAGAUGACGCACCACAGUCUGCUGGGCGCCGGCGGCCAGACCUCGAUCUCCUCCACGGUGAACGGGGCGAGUGGGGGCGGAAGUGCCGGAGCCGGAACCGCCGGUGGUGGAGCGGGCAGCGGUGGUGGCGCAGGCGGCGGUGCGGGCGGCAACUCCAUACUGGUGCCGCGCUAUCACACAAACGCGAGCAACGAGUACAACGUGCACUCCAGCCAGAAUGGACCGCGUAGCCUGUCGGACAGCUCGCAGGCGGAGUCGCCGGUGCAGGAGGAUCUGCUGACCACCAACACACCGAAUCUGGGCAGCACGGCGGGCGGUGGGGCGGCCAACGGUGGUGCGGGCUCGAAUGCGGGCAGUGGUGCGGCGGGCAGUGGUGCCGGUGGUGCUGGCGGCGCCUCCUCGGCGGUGGGCAAUCCCUCGAUGCUGGGCGCCAAUCAGAACUUCCCGGGCAUUGUCAACCAGGCGCAGCACUCGGCGGCCUCGGCCUAUGGCGGCGGAACGGGCGUGGUGGGCGGUGGACAUGGCAGUGCCGCCGCCGCUGCCGCCGGAUGCAAUGGCUCGCUGUAUCCCGUGCUGCCCGCCAGUCUGCUGUACUCCCAGCUGUACACCGCUGCCAAUCAGUCCGCCCACGGGUUCCACUCGCACACCUUGCCCGCCCACGCCUCGCCGAACUCCUCCGUGCACGGCGAGCUGCAGAGCGUCAUGGAUCACAUCAGCAAUGUGGGCGUGCGGCAGCAGCACAACAUAAUGGCCGGCGGGGGCGUGACCCAUCCGGGCGACCUGACCCUGAUAGGCAACUGCGGCGCCUCGGUGAGGAACAUCGAGGACGGGAACAGCAAUCGGCAGGUGGCCGCCUUAGCUGCCCAUCGCGGCCACCACAAUCCCACCGACAAUGGGGGCAGCGUUUGGAGGCCCUAUUGAGGUCAGGUUCUGUGGUGCGGCUCGGCGGUUCUAUAGUGCGAGGGGGGCGGGCCGCAGCACGAGGCGGGGAUGGGC